GGUUACUUCAAGUUGUUGUUUAUGUAUCUCGGUGAAGGACGACCCAUUCAAAUUCCACAUGUCAUCUCCAGACCACCACUGACUGCUGCGUUUAUAAGACAGGUUCUCUUGGUAACGUUGCUUCUGCAGACCGCUGCUUUGGCAUUUGUUUCGCCGCCGUUGGCUCCUUCUCAUUACUGUUGACGCUCCGCUCCGACCGUUAACGCGCCUUCGUCCCACAAAUCUGCUUUGCUACGUUAUUAAAACCGCUCCAGGAUGCCGAUGGUGCUGCGGUCCAGACGGUCGAAUCGGGUCGAGUUAGAGCCAACGCCGAGGCGGAGGUCGACACGCCCGCAUCUGAAUCGGCAUUAUGAGGAUGCCGAUGAGUCGGAGCCCGAGGCCAUCCCGAGCCAAGUGAUGGAGAGACGUGAGGCAGAGCUGGAGGAGGAAGCUGCUGAGGAGACGGACCAACGGGAACUGAAGGGUUGCCGGGUUGUUCUGGAUCCACUCCACAUAGAUGAAAGGACCCAGAGGAAAGAAAUCGAGGAGAAAGAAGAUAUGAACCGAAAAGGUGGGAAACCAGUCUCCCGAAUCCCCACUUACCAGAAGCGACCGGGCAGCGGAGGCCAGGCCGCCGAGCGAAUGGGCGGCGGAAGUCAGGGUGCCGAGCGACCGGGCAACGGAGGUCAAGCCGCCGAGCGAAUGGGCAACGGAAGUCAGGUCACCGAGCGACCGGGCAGCGGAGGUCAGACCGCCGAGCGACAGGGUGGAGGAAGUCAGACCACCGAUCCUCCCUCUCCCAGAAAAGACGGCCCCGUUCACGUAGCGCAAUCUUCUGUCAGAGCCGGAAGUGUGAGCGUGGAAACUUUAAAGUCCAAACCCCCCGAGGUCGGAGAAUUGGCGCUGCCUCCUCCGUCCGUCCGUGUUCCCAGCUUUAUCAUGCCCUCAAUGUCCAGCAACGCGGAACAAGCUGCCGCAGCGGAUCACACCUCUGCCAUCGCCGCCCCGAAAACCAAGAGUAUCUCAGAGUCUACUCAGGGUGUCAUGAUCGCCAGCCCCAGACCUCCUCUCAGGCCAGAGCAAGACAAGAACAAACACUCCAAAACUAAAGUGGGUAGCACACCAGAAGGACUUCUGAGUUCCCUCCUGCAGGAGAGCGUCCUCAGCCAGAAGCCAGACGAAAAACACCCAGGGAUGACCCUCUCCGCCUGCGGAGACACCGAGAAAUCUGAAGAGAAGGCUGACGUCGCUGUGGUCGAGCAGACGGAGUGCAUUAUGGAAGAAGAACCGCCUUGGGAGCCGGUGAAAGCAACUGAAUCCCAGAGCAGCCGAUCGUCUUCGGACGCCGACCUGGCAACCGAAAGAUCCGAUGGCAACGAUUCAGAGAAUGUCGAGGAACAUCAGGAACCGCUCAAAAGCCAAACAAAGCUUCCAGAUUCUGAAGUAGAAGAACCCUGUAUGGAUGACUCCACCUCUUAUGUGGAACCAAAAAAAGCAGCUAGUGAGAAGACCACCCAGUCCACUAAGAGGUCGAUGUGCUUCGCCGUUUCUCUCUUCCUUUUGCUGCUGGUGGGAGGACUCGGCCUGCACGUCUGGUUUUAUGGGCUUCCCACGUCCGUGGCUCAGCUAGCGGCGCAGCUGGAGCUGCACCGGCUGGAGGGCGUCGGCUUGGUGCCGGAGCACUGUAGCUCAGACUGCCGAGUGCAGCUGGUGGAGAGCAUCCCCGUCGGCCUGUACCCGUCCUCCUCGUCGCCCGGGCCGAGCAUCGCAGACAGCUGGCUCCGUCUGCUGGACGAGGCCGACAGCUCGGUCCACAUCGCUGCGUUUUACUUUACGCUGCGGGACAGCGACGUCCAAUCAGCCAACCCCUCAGACUUCCGGGGGAGGAAAGUCUUCGAGCAGCUCAAGAAACUUGAAUCCAGAGGCGUGAAACUCCAGAUUGCUGUCAACGCCCCUCAAACCUCAACGCAGGACACAGCAGAACUGAGCGCAGCAGGUGCACAGGUCAGAGGGGUGAACCUGAGCGCCGUGACUGGAGGCAUCGUUCACACCAAGCUCUGGGUUGUGGACCAGAAGCAUUUCUACCUGGGCAGCGCUAACAUGGACUGGCGCUCUCUCAGUCAGGUGAAGGAGGUGGGUCUGUCAGUGGAGGACUGCAGCUGCCUGGCUCAGGAUGCCUUUCGGCUCUUUGGGGUGUACUGGGCCAUCGGGGGGGCCCAGAGCGGCUCCCUCCCUCCGUUCUGGCCCGCCCGUCUGUCCGCUCUGUCCAGCGCCGACCAACCUCUGGACCUAAACUUUAACGGAGUCCCUGCUCAGGUCUACCUGUCCAGCGCGCCGCCGCCCAUCUCAGCCAGAGGGCGCUCCGACGAUCUGUCCACCAUCCUGUCAGUCAUCGACGACGCCCGGAGGUUCAUCCACAUAUCGGUCAUGGACUACCUCCCUCUGUCUCAGUACACAGAGCCAGUACAGUUCUGGCCCGCCAUCGACUCCAGGCUGCGCGCCGCAGCGUGCACCAGAGGGGUGGAGGUCAGACUGAUGGUCAGCUGCUGGGAGCACUCGCCGGCCUCCAUGUUCAUCUUCCUGCAGUCCCUGCUGGUGCUCAGCAGGGCUCCCCUCCAAUGCAACAUUGAUGUGAAAAUCUUUACGGUGCCGUCAACAGAAGAGCAGAUGAAGAUCCCCUUCGCACGGGUCAAUCACGCCAAAUACAUGGUGACGGACAGAGUGCUCUAUAUAGGCACGUCCAACUGGUCACAGAACUACUUCACGCACACGGCCGGUGUGGGCCUGGUGGUGAACCAGACCAGCCCGGCCGUAAAAGAGGGCCAGCAGACGCUGCCCAGCCAGGCGGAGCAGCUCUUCCUCCGGGACUGGGACUCCGACUACGCCAGCCAGCUCCGUGUGGACGACCUGGACGUCUGUCCCCACAGACGGGGCUUUGUCCAGCAGUGAAGCACGAUGCCUUUUAACACGAGCACUCCGGUGGCUCUCGCCACUUGAACUUUCCUCUAAAAUAUACGGAUUUGGUUCGCUUCCGACCAAACGGCUGGAUUUUAACGCUGCCUCUUGUGUUUUCAUUGCCACUGGCUGCUGGCCUUCUCUGUAUAUAGUUGCUAUUUCUCCUGUUUCAGAACUAGUUGUUUUUGACACUCUCGAUACAUCUUGUGGGUUGAGGUGCAAGGGAAGCCACGUUGCACGAUUAACAUCUGGAGCUUUUCUGUAAAUAUUCGCUAAAAAAACAAAAGAAAGCCAUUAAGCCAAGGUUAAACGAGCUAACGCAGGAAGACAACUUUCCAAAGAGGAGUAUGCACCAAAGCACUGUUUACACUGCAUCAGCUAUCAACUUUAAUGUGUGUAAGUGUAACUAUCGUUUUUUGUUUUAAAGAUGCUGUAAAUUUUCCAUUUCAAACACUUGGCCCAAAGAGAGAAGUCCAGACUGAAUGUGCACUACGCGAGAGCCUUAAAUCGGAUGAGUUUUUGCCUUGAACGAAUGGCGGCCAUCUGUUUCAUUGUGUUGUUCAUCGCCGCGCCGUUUCCUCCACCAGAGCGUUGGCAGCGUUUACUAUUGUAGGGCUGACCUCCACUUCCUGUCAUCAGCAGACACAUGGGUCGAGCCGUUGAAAUAUCAAAACAAAGGGAACCUCCUGGUGUCGCCUGGAACAAUUUGUUGAAUGUUUCCCUCAAAAUAAAUUCUGUCCCAACGACUUGGUCAUCUUUGAACGAUUCAUUGUUUUGUUUAAUGUUUUUCAUCCAGUUUUUAAAUAUCUUCCCAUCAAAAACAAAUGUUUUAAUAUCGGGUUCUAUCCAGUCAUUAAAAGUAGAUUUGUGUAAA